CUUGCAAUCUUAUAAUGUAUGCUACUUCAAUUCUAGAGCGCUAAUCUUUGCUCUGUAGCUAGCUAGCUACCCAGAACUACUAAUUGUCUAGUUGAUCCUGCUUUCCUCAAUACUGCGGAUUGGAAAAUUGCUCGAGUACGAAGACUACCAUCGCGAUCGGCUGUGUUAGUAAUUCUGAGACCAUCUCAUCCAGCAUAACAGAAAGGCAUAAAAUAAUUAUGGCUAAACAUCAGGGACCAAACAAUGAAAUCCAAAUGAGCAUUACACCAGAAAUGUCUUAUGAUUUCUAUAGUCCUGAGGCUCUAUGGCCACAUCGAAAACCGACACCCGAACAUGGACAACCUCAAGCAAGAAGCAAAAGAUGGAAUUGGCCAAUAGUUGCCGGAAUUUCUUCAGCUUUGAACCCAUGGUGGAAUAAGAUACUGGUAACUUCAUGUGUGAUUGCAGUUUUAUUUGAUCCCUUGUUCUUUUACAUUCCAUACACCAGCGAGGAAAAAAAGUGUAUGGGAAACGACGAAAGAGUGCAGACUGCAGCUCUGAUUUUCCGAUCAGUCACAGACAUCACUUUCCUGGUGCAUAUCAUAUACCAACUAUAUGUGGCUAUCAAAUUUGCACUCACAAGGGUUUCAGAGGAUGAAAGUUUGGUUUUUAAAUAUGAAUCGGUAUCCCGAGAGCAAAUGAUUCAGUUUGCAAAGGCAUUUUCUCACAAGUUGUCAUGGCGAUCUUUCCUAACUGACGUUUUCGCUAUAUUGCCCAUACCACAACUGCUAAUAGUAGGAUUGUUUUUCAAAAUCGGAGGCAAUGACUACUUGUUAAAAAGAAAGAUUGUGAGCGGUUUUCUUCUAAUCCAAUAUAUGCCAAGAGUCUAUCGAAUUUAUCUUUCAUCUGUCGCGAUCACAGAAUCUGCAUUGUGGGUUAGAGGUGUAUUUAACUUUUUCCUCUACAUCCUUGCGAGUCAUGUAGUUGGAGCCUUUUGGUACUUUUUUUCUAUUCAGCGAGAGACAUCAUGUUGGUAUCGAACUUGCAUCGCCGAUAAAAAUCGAACAGAAUCAGAAUGUACCUUUUACUGCCAAAACAGUACUGCUGCACUUAUAACCCCACAAUUCAAUACAACUCUAGACGAGCAAUGCAUUCUAAAAGUUCCAUAUAACAUGACCGAUCCACCAUUUGAUUUUGGAAUAUUUUUUGAUGCCCUCAAAAAUGAUAUCCAAGGGAAAAUAAAUGUUCCAAAAAAGAUUGGUUACUGUUUUUGGUGGGGCUUGCGAAACUUGAGUAAUUUUGGUACAAGUUUAACAACAAGUACCUAUCUGUGGGAAAACAGCUUUGCCAUUUUUAUUUCUAUCAUCGGCUUGCUAUUGUUUUUAUACCUCAUUGGAAAUGUACAGAUUUAUAUGGAGAGGGCAACUACCAGAGCGGAUGAGGUAAGAGAGAAGAUCCGGAUCAAAAAGAACGAUAUAGAUAAUUGGAUCCAAAAUAAUGGUCUCGAGAAGGACAUGAAGGAAGAGAUCAUGAAAAACAUCAAUGAGAAGUUGGAAAAGGACAUAAGUGCAGAUCUGGAUGAUAUAUACUCUCUUCUUCGCCCGUAUACCAGGAAAGUUGUGAAGCGAUUUGUCGGCAUGAAGACGCUAAGAAAGGUACCAAUGCUUAGCGAGGUGGAUGGAAGAGUUUUGAAGAUGAUGUGCGACUAUCUGAAGCCGGUCCAUUACCAGGAGAAUACAAUGGUUUUUGAAAUGGGAGUACCAUUUGAUAGAAUGGUCUUCAUUACAGAUGGGUCAAUGUGGACUUACACGACUGCUACUGAUCAUCAGACUAGUCAUUCUGGAAAAGCAACGUCAGGAGGACUAGUUCCUUCUUCGUCCAUGGAAGCUCACUUCCUCGAGAAGGGUGAUGCUUAUGGACACAUGCUUCUGCAAUUAGCAUCAUCAUCAUCUUUUAAGGCGCUUCCUAUCUCAGUUGCAAAUGUCAAGUGCCAGUCAAAGGUAGAGGCGUUUGUCCUCACGGCCAAUGACUUGAGAAACAUAGUAACUGCGUGCGGAGAUUUUUGGCCGGCUUUCGACUACAAUGCUUCUCAAGAUGAGGCGGCUGAUCAGAAGGCACCGGCCGGGCCAAGGAAGCGUACUGUAGCAACAUCAAAUAUCCAUCCUACCGGCUACAGUGGGUGAUGCCUGCAAAUCGACCCCAGCCUGCAGUGAUCUAGAGCGCGCAAUUGUGUAUUUUUUACUUUUACUUAGCAGCUACAGCUAGCUAUCGAUCAACUCCAUCCUUCAAGCUAGCUGCUACUUACUCUUAUUGUUAUAUAUCUCAUCGUUUCUUCAUUUGUGUCGCUAGCUACGUACUUGAGCUUUAAUUGUCA